AUGCUUGUCCGAUAUUCUGCGCGACUCGUACGCGCCUACUGUUCCACACCUAGCACUUCCAGUAUGGUAAAUAUUUUAUUCAACAAACCAAAACUACGCUGCAGGCACUUCUGAUGUUUUGUUCACGGUUUGCAGGCGGAAACGAUCGCCGGUAAACUCGAGACGGUAGACAAGGAAAUGGUACACGAUUUACUGACCACCGUUCCGGAACUGAGGAAAUACAGCGCCGACCAGUGGCAGCGGAUGCACCGGCUUCUGAGUACGGAAGGGCUGGAUGGGGAAAAAAUCCUGUCGAUAAUCGGUGGACAUCCGGACAUUUUGGUACGCCCCUUGGAGAGGAUUUCCGAAAGCUUGCACUGUUGGCGUUCGUGCCAGUUUGGGGAUGGUAACACAAAGGUGCUGCUUUCGGCGCAUCCCCAAUUCCUGGACUACACCAAUCACGGCCGGCUGUCUCAGCGGGUGGCGUUUUUACACUCACACUUCGAGACGCGCAAGAACGUGUUCCGAUUGUUUCUGAACGCACCAAACCUGCUAACGGACGAGGAACGGGCGGUGGAAGAAAAAAUCGAUUACCUGAUGGUGAAGAUGCGUCACGAGGUGCUGGAUGUGGUAAAAUCGUGCUCGUUCUGCCACGACCUGGAGCACAUUCGCUGUAGGCAUACGUUUCUCGAGCGGCUGGGUAUCUUCAAACCUCGUUCACUGAAAGCGGAGAAAGAUGCACCAACCGACAAUCCGAAGCUGCACCAAAUUGUGGACACGAGCGACAAGCGGUUCGCAGUGAAGGUUGCGUUCGCGACGUUGGAGGAGUACGAAGUGUUUCAAGAACUGCUCAAGCGCGAAAUGGAAGGCCGCACCAAUCCGCACCAUCACGAUGUGUAUGAAGAUGAGGCGGAAGAAUUGGACGACAAUGCUGACGAACCGGGCAAGGAGUCUUACCAAAAGAGUAAACGAAAAAAGGGUCGUAAUUGAAUCCUUCCGACAUGU